ACUGGAUUAUUACCUUUGGUGGAUAUUAUAUUUGCUUAAAACGCAGCGUUUUGUCUGUCUUAAACCCUAAAUAGCUUCAAGGCGUUUCCUUUCCGUCUUUCAUCGUCUCUCUGCGCCUCUCUCUCUCUCUCUGAAACUCUCAGCUUGUAGCUCACAGAGACAAUCAUGGGGAAGAAGAAGUUCAUCGACAAGAAAAAGGCGGCGACUUUCGAGCUCUGCCCUCGCGACACGUCAGACCCAUUAUACAGCGACGUCCCGGGAGGCGAUAAGAUCUUCCUACGAGUCGAUCAGAACCCAGUGAACAUCAACGGUUUCGCUGAAGACAACUCACAGUUCGAUGACGCCCCUGAAGAAGAAGAUUUGGCUUACGGCUACUCCAGCUUCGCGGGUUCGAGUAGCAACAACCCUUUACCCGCUGAUGUGAGGAAGGAGAUUCUCGAGCUGGGUUAUCCUGAUGAUGGGUAUAACUACUUGGACCAUUUGAGAGAGAUUAAGAACACUGGCGGCGGUUCUAACUUCUACGCUAACCCUAAGUUCGAAGGCGAGUAUCUGCCUCGUGACGUCAAGGCUUAUGAUGCUUCUCGUGUUAAGGUAUCUGGUGUGGUGGUGGAUGGAGAUGGAGAUGGAGAUGGAGAUGGUGGUGAGGAUGAUAAGUUGAUGUAUAGCGUGGCGUCCAAGACUGUUAAUGUUAAGGUGAAGAAAGCUAUUGAUCCUGAAGUUGCUGCUUUGCUUGAGGACAGUGAUGGGUCUCAGUUUGGUUCUGAUGUUGAGGAUCUGGAGGAGGAUUUUGUUGUGCGAGCUAAUCUUGCGGAUGAGGGAGAGGGUUGUUCUGGUGUGAGCAAUGAGGAGGAAGAGGAGGGGGAGUUUGCUAGACCUCCUGUGGCGGCUGAGAACAACCCGAGUAGAGUUCCUCGUCAGAUUGAUGAGUUGUUUGAUCAGCUUGAGCUUAAUGAGUAUGGAAGUGAGAGUGACUAUGAUGGAGAAGAAGAAGAGUUCAAGGCGCAGAGCGUUGGUGAUCUUAUUUACGAGAAGCCGAAAGAUUACGAGCUUGAUGAGAAGUAUAUGAACCCUGCGGAUCUGUUGAAGAACAGUGACUCUGCGAAAGAUAAAGAGGAGCUUGAGUACAUCAUCCGCAGGUCUGUACAGUACGGUGAGAAUCUGGUAAACAGCAACGAAGAUGAGCUUGUGGAGGUGGUUGAAGAAAGCAGCGACGAGAGCGAGAAGUGGGAUUGCCAAACCAUAGUCACAACGUACUCGAAUCUCGAUAACCACCCUGGUUUAAUCUGUGAUCCAGAGAGAGCGAGGAAGAAGCUGAGCGAAGCACUAGCUAAAGCAAAGAGUUUGAAUGGUGGUGGGAGUAGGAUCAUUACCCUCCAAGGGAAAGAGAAGCUUCCGGUUGAGUUUUUACCCGGUAGGAGAGCUGAGCAAACCAGUGUCAAACCGAAAGCUGAACCGGUGAAGAGGAAGACUCAUGGGCAAGAGACGAAAGAGGAGAAGAAAGAGAGGAAGGCUGCUGUGAAAACAGAGAAGAGGGAAGCGAGGAAGAUGAAGAAAGAGACAAAGGAGCUUUAUCGGUUUGAAACGCAGCGUGCUCAGAAGGCUGUUGCUGUUUCUGGUCCAUCUUCUAUUCCUCUUUAAGGUAAUAAUACUAAACGUAUCUCCGAGACUGUUAAACAACCAGUUUUUUUUUUUUUUAAUAUCAUUUCAUGUAAUAUUUUGUGUUUUGCUCUAAAGAUUUUGUAUCUCUUUUCGUAUGCGGAAAGGUUUUGUUGUGUUUCUCAAUCAACAAUUUAUUUUCUGGCUUA